UUGCUGGCUUCUGAAGAUACACACAGGUUCUUCAGAUCCGAAGAAAAAGGUAAGAAAUUCAAGCCGGGUGAAGUGGGUGCGUGUGUGUGUGUGAGAGAGAGAGAGAGAGAGAGAGAGAGAGAGAGAGAGAGAGAGAGAGAGAGAGAGAAGCGUGUUGUGAUAAUUUUGGAUGAUUUUUUAUUCUGGGGAAGCUAGCUUAAGGACUGAUGAUGAGGAUGAUCCAAAAGGCAUUGAAUGAAUGUUUGAAAUUUGAGUGCUGCUGUGGCGUAUCAGUGUGGAGUUUUCUGUGAGGGAAAAUGGGGUUUUCGUUUUUUGUUUUUGUUUUUGUCAAUUUUCGGUGUGGGAGUGUCGGUCAUGGGGUUGGUGAUGGUGUUGCUGAAAACGCAGAAUAUAUGAUUAUGGCGAUGAAGAAGCAGCAUAAUGUUUCCGUGUUCUGAUUUCGGGAAAUCGAUGGGGUUUUGGGUUUGGGUUGAGUGAUGGUCUGGUGAAUUCAUGGCCUGUCGUAAAUUAAUUUCUAUCUGAUUUUUUCUUGGUGUUGAACGGGAUGAGUUCUGGAAGGAAUUAUAGCCUUCGAACUCUGUGAAUCGGUGUUUUCCGAGUCUCUCGUGAUUUUCUGCGGAAAUCUGACUCCGCACUCUGUAGAAACAGUUGGUAUUUACUUGAAUCUUGGGGCUGAAGCCUUAGUACCAGUCUGCGAGAUUUACUAUUUGCUGUGAGAGUUGGGGCUUUCCUUCAACAUUAGCGAAGGUGAAAGAAGCAAAGCUGGUGAACUGAGCUUUUCCUCUUCAACUUUUUUCAUCAAGAAUCCGUGGAAUUGUGGGUUUUGGCUCGCGACUCCGCCAGCGCUGAGCGUCGAAGAUCCUCAUUGCAAAUCUUACUAGUAAGGAUUUUUAAGGAAACUUUCAUAAUUAGAAGUUUUGGGCUUCAAAUUGAAAGUUCUAAUUUGUUUUCAUCUGGGUGGAGGUGCGGCGCGAAGAUUCCUAUUUUCUGGUUCGCUUCGAUCGUAUGAUUUAUAGGCAUUUACUGAGAUAUAAGCGUCAAUAAAGGGUUUUUUUUUAUGCAUUGAAGGCUUUUUGAUCACUGUAGUUUUGUUUACGAUGAUUACAUUUAUGGACCCAAAAGAGAAUGUAAAAGAGGUGGAGAAGUGCUUGGACUCUCAAUUAUGGCAUGCCUGCGCCGGAGGAAUGGUGCAAAUGCCUCCGGUGAAUUCAAAAGUGUUUUACUUCCCUCAGGGCCAUGCGGAGCACGCCUCCGGAUCGGUGGAAUUUAGGAACUGCUUGCAGAUUCCGGCGUAUGUUGCUUGCAGAGUAUCAGCCGUGAAGUUCAUGGCAGAUCCCGAGACUGAUGAAGUUUAUGCAAAGAUCAGGUUACUACCCAUCAGUGGUAAUGAGCCUGUUUGUGAUGGCGAUGGAACUGCAGGGAUUCACGGGCCUGAAGGUCAAGAGAAGCCCACAUCGUUUGCGAAAACAUUGACACAAUCUGAUGCCAACAAUGGCGGAGGGUUCUCUGUUCCCCGCUAUUGCGCUGAGACAAUCUUUCCCCGGCUGGACUACACCGCUGAUCCUCCUGUCCAGACCAUCCUGGCCAAGGACGUUCAUGGCGAAACAUGGAAAUUCCGGCACAUUUACAGAGGGACACCACGGCGUCAUCUUUUGACAACCGGAUGGAGCACUUUUGUGAACCAUAAGAAGCUGGUGGCAGGGGAUUCCAUUGUGUUUUUGAGGGCAGACAAUGGGGAUCUUUGUGUUGGGAUCCGCAGGGCAAAGAGAGGCGGGGGUGCGUCGGAAUUGGCAUCUGGUUGGAAUCCAGCCGGUGGAAGUUGCACCGUUCCUUAUGGCGGUUUUUCUGCUUUCUUAAGGGAAGAUGAGAACAAAGUAAUAAGAAAUGUGAAUGGCAACAGUCCAUGCUCCAAUGGGAGUUUGAUGGGCAAGGGGAGAGUGAGGCCUGAAUCUGUUGUUGAAGCUGCAACGCAUGCAGCCAAUCGGCAACCCUUUGAGGUUGUUUACUAUCCUCGAGCAAGCACGCCGGAGUUCUGUGUGAAGGCUUCCUUGGUGAAGGCAGCAUUGCAGAUCCGUUGGUGUUCAGGAAUGAGGUUUAAGAUGGCCUUUGAAACAGAGGAUUCUUCACGCAUUAGCUGGUUCAUGGGAACCAUAUCUUCUGUUCGGGUUGCUGAUCCCAUCCGCUGGCCUGAUUCACCUUGGAGGCUUCUCCAGGUGACAUGGGAUGAGCCGGAUUUGCUUCAGAAUGUGAAACAAGUUAGCCCAUGGCUGGUGGAAUUGGUAUCGAACAUGCCCCAUAUCCAACUAUCUCCCUUCUCACCACCGAGGAAGAAGUUGAGACUUCCACAACACCUAGAUUUUCCCCUAGAUGGUCAACUUCCGAUGCCACCGUUUUCCAGCAGCCUCCUUGGGCACACCAGCCCUUAUAAUUGUUUACCCGAGAACAUUCCUGCCGGCAUGCAGGGAGCCAGGCAUUCUCAAUAUGGUUUAUCUUUAUCAGAUCUCCACCUUAAUAAACUGCAGUCGAGUUUGUUUCCCACCGGUUAUCCACUAUUUGAUCAUGCUGCUAUGCUCACAAGAUCUUGCAGUAGCCCGACAAUUCAAAACCCUUCUGGCAAUGAGAAUGUAUCUUGCCUGCUAACCAUGGGAAAUUCUACCCAGACUCCAAAGAAACCUGAUUGUGCGAAGGCACCACAAUUCUUACUAUUUGGUCAACCUAUACUAACUGAGCAACAGAUAUCUCUAAGUUGCUCUAGGGAUACAGUCUCUCCCGUUCCUACUGGGAAUAGUUCAUCAGAAGGGAAUUCAGACAAAGUUGCAAAUUCUUCUGAUGGGUCUGGAUCUGCACUUAAUCAGCAUGGCUACCCGGGGAGCUCAUCUUGUGAAGGGUUCCAAUGGUAUAAAGAUAACCGCCAAGAGAUUGAGCCCAACUUGGAGACUGGUCACUGCAAAGUUUUCAUGGAGUCGGAGGAUGUUGGUCGCACCCUUGAUCUCUCAUUGUUUGGAUCAUAUAAUGAACUGUACAGAAGGUUAGCAGACAUGUUUGGUGUAGAAAAUUCUGAAAUGCUAAGCCAUGUGCUCUACCGAGAUGUCACUGGUGCAGUCAAACAUCUCGGAGAUGAGCCCUUCAGGUGUGAUCGAGUUGUUCACAUUACUUUUUUUUGCAUCUCUCGCAAAUAUCUAAGCAGCUUGUUAGAGCUUAAGGGGAUAAUCUUUGUCUUAUUUAUUUAUCUUUUUUUUUUUUGAAGGGGGUGUCAUUUUUCCAAUUAUAACAUGAUCUACAUUUUUUUUUUCUUAUUGUUGUUGCAGUGACUUCAUGAAAACUGCUAGACGGUUGACGAUUCUCGUGGAUUCAAGCAGCGACAAUGUAGGAAUGUAGAAAGAAAAAUAAAUGUCGAUUGUCAAAUGUACAGCUGGAUGACCAAGUGUUUAGCUGCAAAUUAAGCUGACCUUUUAAGUUGUUGGGGGACGGAUAUCCUUUGAUCCAAUUUUGGACUUUUCGAGAGAAAUCCCCUCCUAAACUCUUGACUUUCUACUGUGUUGUCCAAGAAGCAAUCUUUGAAUUUUGAAGUUUUUUAGUGCCGUUGCUGGUCUAUCAAUUUGCUGGUAUUGUUUGUUGGUUUUGUUCACACAUGUUGCAAAUACUAAUUAUGAAGUCUUGGCCCAGUAUGUAGACUUUUGCAAAUUGAUUGAUUUGUUCUAGAUGCUUGAAA